AUGGCUGCGAACGGAGACUUCUCGGAUGAGGACCUCUCUCAGGCCGGUUCCCCCGUUGUCGAGGCUCAGAAUGCCCAGGAUUUCGACGACCAGGAGCCUCUCGAUCAGCCUAAGAAGUCAAGCAUGAAGAAGAGCGCUCCUGAACCCAAGCCCCCGCGCCCCGAGCUUCCUCCGCAGUCCGACCCGGCUACUCUGGAUGUGUCUACUUUGACACCCUUGACACCCGAAGUCAUUGCCCGUCAAGCCACUAUCAACAUUGGCACAAUCGGUCACGUCGCUCACGGAAAGAGUACCGUCGUAAAAGCUAUCUCCGGAGUCCAGACUGUGCGAUUCAAGAACGAGUUGGAGCGAAACAUCACCAUCAAGCUUGGUUACGCCAACGCCAAGAUCUACAAGUGUGACAACGACGCUUGCCCUCGUCCGACAUGCUACAAGAGCUACAGUAGUGAUAAGGAGGUUGAUCCUCCUUGUGAGCGCGAGGGUUGCGAGGGCCGGUACCGUCUGAUGCGCCAUGUUUCCUUCGUCGAUUGCCCUGGUAUGUCCAACCCAAUUCUACGUGAAGAUAGUGCCGCCGUCAUGGACGCUGCCCUGCUCCUGAUUGCCGGAAACGAAACCUGCCCCCAGCCCCAAACCUCCGAGCAUUUGGCCGCUAUCGAGAUCAUGAAGCUCAAUCACAUUGUCAUUCUGCAGAACAAGGUCGAUCUGAUGCGAGAGGACAACGCGCUCCAGCACUACCAAUCCAUCCUCAAGUUCAUCCGCGGUACCGUCGCCGACGGCUCCCCCGUCAUCCCCAUUUCUGCCCAGCUGAAAUACAACAUCGAUGCGGUCAACGAAUACCUUACCUCCCACAUCCCCGUCCCCAUCCGUACUUUCGACCAGGCCCCGCACAUGAUGGUCAUUCGAUCCUUCGAUGUUAACAAGCCCGGUGCUGAGAUUGAGGAGCUCAAGGGUGGUGUUGCUGGUGGUUCCAUCCUCAGCGGUGUCCUCAAGCUCAACGACGAGAUCGAAAUCCGCCCCGGUUUGGUCACCAAGGACGAGCACGGCAAGAUCCAAUGCCGCCCUAUUUUCUCCAAAAUCGAGUCUCUCUUUGCUGAGACAAACACCCUCAAUUACGCCAUUCCCGGUGGUCUUAUUGGUGUUGGUACCCGCAUUGAUCCCACUCUUUGCCGUGCCGAUCGUCUUGUUGGUUUCGUUCUGGGCCACCGCUCCAAGCUCCCCGCUAUCUACACCGAGAUUGAGGUCAACUACUUCCUGCUCCGUCGCUUGCUGGGUGUCAAGACUGCCGAUGGUAAGCAGGCUAAGGUCGCCAAGCUGGCUAAGAACGAGGUUCUCAUGGUCAACAUUGGCUCAACCGCUACUGGUGCCAAGGUUGUGAAUGUCAAGGCCGAUGCCGCCAAGCUCAGUCUGACCAGCCCCGCCUGCACGGAAGUCGGCGAGAAGAUUGCCAUCAGUCGUCGUAUUGACAAGCAUUGGCGUCUGAUUGGUUGGGCCAACAUCGUUCACGGUGUGACCCUCGAGCCUGUCCUUAACUAA